UUUUAUUGCAUAGUCUCGUUUAGGAAAGACAUUAACUGUCUCUUGGUCUUAAAAAAUAUUUAAGCAUCCUAUAAAAUGUCAAAACCAGCAUUCGAUCCGGUCAACAAAAUUUGGAGUGGUCCAAAGGUUCCACCAAUGUAUAAUCCAGACCAAAACCUCGGUCAACUUAUUCUUAAAAUCCUUCAGCAAACUCCAGACUCAGUGACUCAAAUCUCAGCAGACACUGGUGCAUCUGUGACUUGUCAGCAAAUGUACGAUCGAUCCAUAAAAAUUGCAAAAUAUUUGACAAAAUGUGGAAUGAAGAACAGUGACUUAAUUGGAAUUAUGGCUGGAAAUUCUGAGAAUCUUGCACCAAUUGUUUAUGCAUGCUUUGCAUUAGGACUUCCGAUCAAUCCUUUAGCUCCAGCCAUGAAUGAAAGCGACAUUAUUCAGAUGUUUUCAAUGACGAAGCCAAAAAUGAUUUUUUGUGAUGCUGAAAAUGUGAAAGUUGUGCAAAAUGCUGUGGAUGAGAUUAAAAGUGAGGCAAAAAUAUUGACUGUCAUGGAUAAAGUUGAUGGAUAUGAGUGUACAACUGAGAUUUUGAAGAGCAUGCAAGGCGACAGUGUUGAUGAUUUUGAAUUCCCAAUAAUCGACUCAAACUCAACAGCAGCAAUUCUGUGCUCAUCUGGAUCAACAGGAUCUCCAAAAGGCAUCUGCAAAUCACACAAGCAUAUAAUUACAUCUUUUCAGCAGUUUUGGCCUGUAACAUAUGGCGAGCCAACAAUCUUUCUACAAAAUUCAGCAAUAUUCUGGAUUAGUGGCUUCAGUCCUUUAAUCCAAGGAGUAUUUUUCAGGUUUACAAGAGUAUCAGCAGCAAAGCUUUGCAAUGCACAGGAACUCAUUAGAAUUUUCAAUAUAUAUAAAAUCACUGCCAUUAUUCUUCCACCUUACAUGGUCGUGUCGUUCCUACAAGAUGAAAAUUUAAAACCAUUUGAAAGCAUGCGAUGUCUGAUGAUCGGUGGGGCUAAAGUUUCAAUGCAACUUUGUGAAAAAAUUAAACCUUUCGUACCAAAUGGAAUUGUUUUAACUGGUUAUGCUUGUACAGAAGAAAGCUUUAUUGCCAUUAAUUCUACAGAUAAAAAUUAUGGAAGCUCUGGAUUUGUGUUUAACAAUAAUGAGAUAAGGAUUGUUGACGACAAUGGAAACAGCCUCGGACCAAAUCAACAAGGCGAAAUUUAUACAAGAAUUCCUAUUCAAUUCUCAGGCUACAUCGGCCAUCCAGAAAAAACUGCUGAAGCAUUUGAUAAUGACUGGUUCAAAACAGGUGACAUUGGAUACUUUGAUAAUGAUCAGUACAUCUACAUUGUUGAUAGGAAGAAGGAGUUGAUGAAAUUUAAUAAUUAUCAAAUAACUCCAUGGGAAAUUGAAGCAAUAAUUAAUGAAAUUGAAGGAAUCACGAGCAGUUGUGUUGCUGGAGUUCCUGAACCUAAUAGUGGAAAUGACAUCAUCCAUGCAUUUGUGAUUUUGGAAGAGUCAAGCAGUAUUACUGAGGAUUUUAUACUUAAAUACGUAAAUGAUAAAGUUAUUGAUCCAAAAAGAAUCCGAGGAGGUGUUCAUGUUGUUAACUCAUUUCCUCUGGGAGCCACAGGAAAGGUCGACAGAAGGAAAGUUCAAGAAAUGGCUGCAAAACUUAAUUAAUUUGAAUUUUAACGGAAUUUUAAAAAUUAAAUUGUUGCUGACCUCCUUAACAUUAAGUUUCCUCGCAUAGACAUUAUAUGAGAUAACAGACAUGGAAUUUCAUUCAUAAACAAAAAGUUUGUUAUCAAAGUAAAUAAACAUCAAUGAUUUAGUCACGUUUAUGAAAAAAAUUGUUAUCAAU